UGACAUUUAAAAAUAAAAAUAAACAAUAGUGUUGAAAGAUCAAUGUUAUUAAAUAACAUAAUUAUCACAUUGCAUGGAAAAGUAAAAAAAAGUAAAAGUAGCAUCUGAAAGUUUCUGUUCUCUUGGCUACCAGUUUUUGGCAAUUUAUUAAAUUAUUUAGUAAGCCCAUAACAUUAUUAACUUAUUUUAAGCCCAUAACAUUUAUAGCAAUUAUGAAGUUUAACCUUUAAUUUUAUUAUUAACUAUUUCUCUUCUUUUUGUUGUUGUUGUUGUUAUUGUUGCAAGAUUCAAUGUACUUAUCCUUUUUAGUAGGUAUAACUUUAAUUUUACACAAUGUCUCAGCAUUCAGAAAAAGAGUGUAUUGACGCUAGCACAACAAAUAUUGGUCUUUGCACAUCUCCUUUAAAUAAAUUUGUAUGGAAUAUGGCUAACACAAGAGUAUUAUUAGAUUUAUGUAAAGAUAAUUACAAUGCAUUAACAUCUGCAAGAAGAAACACAAAUAUUUACAAACAAAUGGCAGCUGAAUUUUCAAACACAUUUAAUAUCGUACCUCCGUUAACUGGAUAUCAAAUUCAAUCUAAAAUUAGUAAUUUGAGGAAACAAUUUAGACGAGAAAAACUUCAAGUUGGUUCAUCGGGAGGAGCUCCUAGUAAAUGGUGGCCUUACGAUAUUGUUGCCAAAAUAAUAGGUGGUGAAGCUUCCCUUGACAAUGACCUUUUAUCUCAAAGUCAAAACUUUUCUACUCAAGAUUUUCAAGAUGGUCAGAUUGCCACAAUGGAAGAUGGCAAGGAGACUGUCAGUAUUUUAAAUACUGAAGCUUUGGAUGAUACAAGCGAUGUGCAAUCAAUUGUCACUAUUCCUGAUGAGGAACCAACUCAAUCUACAUCCGGCUGCAAUAAACGGAGGAGCUCUGAUGAUGAAAAAACUUUGAAUAAAAUAGCCAAAACUGAACCGGGAGACAUCGGUAAAGGAAAAAGCUAUUGGAAAAACAUGGAAAGCGUUUUAGCCGUACUUCGAUUAAGAAGAAGAACAUUAAUCAAUGAUGAAUCAAUCACCCACCCAUUUUCAUAUUUAGAUUUAGCUUCCUUUAAGUUAAAUCAACAAGGGUAUCUGAUUGAAAGAAAAGUUUGGGUUAGGCCAAAAAGUUCUCAAUGGUUUAAUGAGAUUUUUACUCAAAUGGAGGAAUGUGAAUUUAAAGAGCAUUUUCGAGUAAAUCGUAACACAUUUAAUUUCCUAGUUAAUAAAUUGCAUCCACAUUUAGGCAAAACUACCAAAACUAUGCGAGAACCUAUUUCAGUAGUAAAACGUGUUGCAGUUGCAUUACAUUAUCUAGCUUCAUGUGAAGAGUAUCGUGUUGUGUCUAGCCUUUUUGGCAUAGGAAAGUCAACAGCAAAUUUAAUUGUUCAUGAAUUUAUUAAUGCUGUUAAUGACAUUUUGCUCCCUAAGUAUGUUAAAUUUCCAUUGUCAGUGGAAAAUUUAAAUAAACAUAGUAGAGAUUUCGAAGCUAUUCUUGGUUUUCCACAAUGCGUGGAAAACCAAGAAUGCCGUUGUAGACAGUCGAUACCGUUUCAUUUAUACAAGUGUUGGAUCGCCUUGUAGAAAUAAUGACAGCUAUAUUUUGCAGAAUUCUUCUUUGAAAGAAAUUUUAGAAUCAAAUCUAUUUGAUAAAUGUUGUAAAGAGCUGGGCGAUUCUCUUGUUCCACUAUGUUUGAAAGGUGAUUCAGCAUUUCCUUUAACGCGUCAUUUGUUAAAACCUUAUCCUGAAAAUUUGGAGCUUAGUGAAAUUCAAAAAAAUUUCAACAAAAUACUUUGCGGAGCUAGAAGAGUAGUUGAGAAUGCCUUUGGGCGCGUUAAAGCUCGAUUCCGUGUAAUUUGCAAACGUAUGGAAUGCGAUAUUAACUUUGCUACAAGAAUUGUUAAUGCUUGCGUCACUCUUCACAACAUUUGUGAACAUUAUGACGAUAUUAUUAUAAUAGAAUGGCUUCUGCAUCAUCAUGAUGACAGUCUAGCUCAACCCAAUACAGUUUCUACAACUGGGAAUAAUGGACCAGGAAAAAAUGUUUGUGACUCAAUUGCUAAAUACCUUUAUGAAAGGGACAAGUAAAGUAGUAAUAAUAUUAUUUUAUUUAUAAAGUAGUAAUAAUAUCAUUUAUUAUUUAAAGUUUUAGCUGUAAUAUGGUUAUGUAUUUAGUAGUUUUGAACUAAACUUACUUUCCUUGA